CGAGCGAAAACAUGAGCGAGUUCACUGGAGAGUGCGCCCGGCUCCGGCGUUACCAUGAGCUCCCGGUGUGGGUGGUGGAGGAUCAUCAGGAGGUUCUGCCCUUUAUAUACCGGGCCAUUGGCUCAAAGCAUCUUCCUACAAGUAAUAUAAGUUUUGUGCAUUUUGAUUCACAUCCAGACCUCCUUAUUCCUGUGAAUAUGCCAGCUGACACUGUAUUUGAUAAGGAAACACUUUUCGGAGAAUUAAGUAUUGAGAAUUGGAUUAUACCUGCGGUUUAUGCUGGCCAUUUUUCCCAUGUAAUAUGGCUUCAUCCCACAUGGGCUCAGCAAAUCAGAGAGGGCAGACAUCAUUUUUUAGUCGGCAAAGACACUUCGACCACAACAAUCAGGGUUACAAGUACAGAUCUUUACUUUCUAAGUGAUGGUCUUUAUGUAACUGAAGACCAGCUAGAGAACCAAAAACCUUUACAAUUGGAUGUAAUUAUGGUGAAGCCUUAUAAACUCUGUAACAGUCAAGAAGAAAAUGACACAGUGUCUUCUGCUAAGAAGCCAAAGCUAGCACUGGAGGACGCAGAGAACACUGCCUCUACUAAUGGUGAAUCUUGUUCAGAAGGACUGGAAGAUGACUCAGUGACACAGACAAGAGACCAAACUUGUCUACAACCAUCAUGUUCAUGUUCUUCUGAAAGCCAAGAAUGCCACACUUCAGUCAGCACUGGAGAAAUCCUGAAAAUUUUGGAGAAAGGGGAUGCAUUUGUUUUAGAUAUUGACUUAGAUUUUUUUUCAGUCAAGAAUCCCUUCAAAGAAAUGUUCACUCAGGAGGAGUACAAAAUCUUACAAGAGCUGUACCAAUUUAAACAGCCUGGUGCCAACCUGACAGAGGAAGAUUUGGUAGAUUGUGUUGAUACUCGAAUUCAUCAAUUAGAAGAUUUAGAAGCUGCUUUUGCCGAUUUGUGUGAUGGUGAUGAUGAAGAAACUGUACAGAAAUGGGCUUCAAAUCCUAGAAUGGAAUCACUAGUUCCACUGGUACAAAGUUUGAAGAAACGGAUGGAAGCGCCGGACUAUGAAAUGGUUCACCAGGCUGGUCUAACCUGUGAUUAUUCAGAACUUCCUCACCAUAUCAGCACAGAACAAGAAAUUGAAUAUCUUAUUCAAUCUGUGUAUUAUGUUCUAAAAAAUUUGCCAAAACCUACUGUAGUGACAAUUGCAAGGUCAAGUCUGGAUGAUUACUGUCCUUCUGAGCAAGUUGACACCAUUCAAGAAAAAGUCAUCAGUGUGCUACGCUCCCUCUAUGGGACUCUAGACGUUCACCUGGUGUAUUCAGCAGAGUCCACUUCAUCUUGA